GGCGGGGCGCGGCUUCCAUUUUGUUGGCGGCGCGGCGGACGCGAAAGGAGCCCCCUGGUUACGGCGCGGCGGGCGGCUGCGCGGGGGUGGUGGUAGCGGCAAGAUGGCGGAGGCGGCGGCGGAGCUGCUGGAGCGGGCGUGCCGGCCCGAGGCGCCGCUGGAGGAGCUGCGGGCUCUGCGGCUGGCCGUGCAGGCCGUGCCGCCGGCCGCCCUCCGCCCCCGCCUGCGCGACGCCCACCUGGGCGCGCUCUUCGGCCUCCUCAGCGCCGGUGACCGGGAGCAGGUGUCUGUGUGUGUCGCCAUCCUGGAACGGCUGCUGCAGGCCCUGGACCCGCCCCACCUCAUCCGGAACCUCCGAGAGGAGCUUCAGAAAGGCCUUUUCCAUCCCGACGACUCCGUGAAAAUCCUCACCAUAUCUCAGGUUGGGAGGAUUGUUGAAAAUUCAGAUGCUGUUAGAGAAAUUAUCAACAGUCCUGAAUUAUUACGGCAAAUAAUCUAUUGCAUUGGUGGAGAGAAAAUAGCUGUGGCUAAAGAGGCCAUCAAAUCUCUCUCAAGAAUUGCACAGACACAAGAUGGCUUAGAGGCUUUAUUUGUGAGCAGUUUGUUGAGUGACUUGAAAAAUGUCAUGGCAACAAAUGAUAUUGUACGGUAUAGAGUAUAUGAGUUAAUUGUUGAGAUCUCUUCAGUGUCAGCUGACUCACUAAACUACUGUGCAAACAGUGGAUUAAUAUCAGAGUUAAUUGGAGAGUUGACUGGAGAAGAUGUGCUGGUCAGAGCUACAUGUAUAGAGAUGGUAACCUCACUGGCUUAUACUCCCCAUGGACGCCAGUAUCUUGCUCAACAAGGAGUUAUUGAUAAAAUUUCCAAUAUUAUCAUUGGUGCAGAGUCUGAUCCUUUUUCAAGCUUCUAUUUACCAGGAUUCGUUAAAUUUUUUGGAAAUCUGGCUGUGGUAGACAGCCCACAGCAGAUCUGUGAACGAUACCCCGUGUUUGUGGAGAAAGUCUUUGAAAUGGCAGAAAGUCAUGAUCCAACCAUGAUCGGAGUGGCUGUAGACACACUAGGAAUCCUGGGAUCAAAUGUGGAAGGCAAACAGGUUUUGCAGAAAACUAGAAGUAGAUUCCAAAAUCUGUUGAACAGAAUAGGGCACCAGGCAAAGAAUGCCCCAACGGAAUUAAGACUUCGAUGCUUGGAUGCCAUUUCCUCUCUUCUUUACUUGCCUCCAGAGCAGCAGACAGAAGACCUCUUGAGAAUGACCGAAUCAUGGUUCGCAUCCCUGUCUAGCCAACCGUUGGAACUCUUCAGGAGCAUCAGUACUCAGCCAUUUCCUGAUCUCCACUGUGGGGCUUUAAGAGUAUUUACUGCUAUUGCAAACCAACCGUGGGCCCAGAAGUUGAUGCUUGACAGUCCUGGGUUUGUGGAAUAUAUUGUAGACAGAUCUGUGGAACCUGAUAAAGCUUCGAAGGAUGCCAAAUACGAACUGGUUAAGGCCCUUGUAAACUCUAAAACAAUUGCGGAAAUCUUUGGAAAUCAGUAUUACCUGAGGCUUAGGGCUUACUUGCAUGAAGGCCCUUAUUAUGUUAAGGCAGUUUCUACUACAGCUGUGGAAGGAGCAGAAUAGUGUCACAACAGUAGUCUGUCUCAGUUUUCCUUCUUGCAAACUAUAUUACUGAAAUAGCUGUUAAGAUUCUCCCACACUGGAGUUAUUUUAGAAUGCCUCUUCAAAGAAACUUGAAGUAUUUGACUCAAAUUGAAGUAAGUCACGAGUGCAAAUUGUAACCCAGAGGGCACAGUGUUAUUUCCCUUAGUCUCAUGGUAUAAAUCCUCUGUGUACUAUCCUGAGACAAGUAACCAAGGUAAGCACUCGGUCACAAACUGCAGAUUCUGUGUUAUUUUGCAGAAACUAUCAGUGUUUAGUUAAACUGUUCUUGGGCUUGGAGUUCCUAUCAUGUUUUCUCAGUAGAUUAUACUACAAUUAAAAAACACCAAAACACCUUGAGGUUCACUACCUCAGAUGCUGCCAUCGUUCCUCUUUUUUUUCUUCCUUAUACCUGCUGAAGUUGGUACUCGCAUGGAAAAUACUCCUUUAGCCAGUCACAUUCCCUCAGAAACCUAGUAGUUAGAAAUAAACUGGUAACCUUCCAAAGGGUUUGUGCCUGUGUGAGGGAGUACAGACUGGAUUCUCUUUUAUUAUCAAUUUGCUGGAUGUAAGUCUUGUUUGAAAAAAUAUCCUAAAUAUUGUUUACAUUUUAUGCUGAGAACGACGAGAAACUUUUAGCCCUUUUUAAACAAAAAAUGGAAACUCCUAAUGUAUAAAACCAAACUGGGAGCUUCGUCUCUUAACUGCUACUUUGUAUGACAGUUCAGUUUACUUGCUCAAAAGGAGCAUGAGCUGUAGUGCUAUAAAUCUACUUCAGAACCAAAUCUUAAAUUGUUUACACUAUUUUUAUCAGGAACUUUUUAGUUUUGUGUUAUUUAAAAAAGGCAUGAGAAUUUUAGUUGCUUGAGUUGUAAUAGAUGGGGUAAGAUCAAAAAGCUUUUGUGUUCAAAUGCUUAAAUGGAAUUGAGGAGGAAACAAAUGUAGUACCUCAUGAGGCUUUAUAUCUCCCUCUGAAGAUGGUUAGCUAGCAUAUGGAUGGGAUGUAAGGCUAUCUGUACCACUGGCCACACCAGUAAGUAGUGGUGAUGUGUCUUAGUCUGUAAAGAAAGACCAUGAUGCACUUCAUACCAGAAGCUCAUUUUUCUUGAGAGCAUAAAAGAAAAAUGUGAGGUCAAGCUGGAGGAAACAAUAAAACACAAGAUUACUGAAAUAACUCAAAGUAGUAGUGUGUCAAGUCAGGUAUGCCUCUGGAAAGUACUUGCCUUUGUCCUCACUCUGCCAAGUGACUUGGGAUAAUCUAGGUGUGUAGUAACUUUUCUUGCUUGUAGUAGCUUUGGGCUGCAACAGAGGUGAUAGUAUUUUCUGCCAAAAAAAAUUCCUGUUGCAGAAUGGAAGGGGGCGCAGAGAAGCAGAGUGGUUGGGGAAAGGCUCUUAAUGUGUAAUGAGCCAUCUGAAUGCAGGUGAUCUGCCUUGUUGCUUAUGAUCUGCCUUUUUACUGGUAUGUACAAAAAGCUGUUGUCUGAAAUUUUACUACUGCUCGCACUUUCUUCCUCAGUAUGCUUAGUAAACAUCUGCUAGUGAGAAAUGUACUACAGUGUGUCUCAUUUGUAAACAGAGUACCAGCAGCUCCAUGAAUCCUGCAUCCAGAAAAACAUGAAAGUACUUAGAAACGAAGCAAAAGAAUUUGAAGUCCUUAUUUUGCACUUGUAUUGGACUGUUCAGCUUUGCUACUUUAGGUGGCUUUGUGUGCUGUUAGCUCUGUAUGAGCCCUGUAUGAAAAUCUCUGUAAAAGAAAUCAAUAUAAACCUUUUUUGCAAUUUA